UUCUGGUGGCGGUUAAAUUUAAAAAUCAUGGCUGUCGGUUCUACUGAAUAACCGUCCCUUGAGCGGAGACUGUAUCUGUAUCUCGGAAGGAGUGAUCGCAGGGAGGAUCUGUGAGGGUCCCAGCAGUCUGGAAAAUGGAUGGCAAUCCUUGGCCACAAGGUAAUAGCGAUGUGACAGAGCGCAGCCUCAGGAGGCGACUUUCCUCUAUUUUAAAAGUUCCACGGAGUCCUCUAAAGGAUCUUGGAAAUGGAAAUGUUCUUCAUCAGGAUUCAACCAUUGAAAAGCGGAGAAAAAGUCGUCGAGUUAGCUUUGCUGAGAAUAUAAGGGUUUUUGCACCAGAAUCCCAAGAAGCUGCUGAUAACAAUGGGCAAGUUUCAGGGAAGUCAGUGAAUGAGGAAAAUGAAGCUACGGUGGAAUCUAGCUGCCAGAUCACUGGAAUGGAUACACUGCUUCAUGGCCCUAUACAAACCCCAGCUCCCCAAUCUGAGUGGGACUGUGCUGAUCAUGAGAAGACCGUAUUCUUUUCCUGUGAUAAUGAUAUGGAAAUGACCGCUAGUAACACCAUACACAUUGAUGCUUUCCUUGAGGAAAAAAUAAACAAAAUUGAUGUUACUUCAUUUUUAGCAAGUUUAAAAUCCCAGGAUGAUGACUCCUGCCAGAACGUCAAGCUAAACCCUUCAACAAGCAGCGAUUUUCCUUCAGCAGCAGAAUCUGCAGUCCCGACAAAGAUAAAUUUUAAGGACUUUUUGACUGGUUUGAAGACUGAAAAACAGACCAUUUAUCCUUUUAGGGGAUGUGACAAAGAAAACUUUUUCCCCUUUAGCAUUGCCAGUGAAAACUCUGGCCGUGAAUUAUUUUCUACAUUUACUCAAAGGCAAGAAGAUAAAGAAAAUCUCACUCAGAUAUUUACUGAACAAGAUGAAGGACUUGAUAUGACAAAAUGCCACACAACAAAUAUUACUGCUUUUGUUCCAGUGACAAAACAGGAAUUUCCAUUUCAAUUUGAACCUAACGCCCUAAACAUUCCUAAAGCUUUUUUAAGUCAUGAACAUUUGCAAGAUGGUUUUAAAUUAAAUAAACCAGAAUCUGUAUCCAAAAAUCAAACAGUCCUUUUUGAAGAUGACAUGGAUAUGACACAAAGCCAUAGCAUUUGCUUAGAAAAUGUACUGAGCAAACCCAAAAGUGGUGGGAAUGCUCAGUCACUGAAUAACUUUUCUGAUAAGACUGUUGUUUUUACUGAUUCUAACGAAAUGGAGUUUACACAGAAUCAUACUGUUGCAAUAAACACCAAUACUGGAGCAGGGGACUCGGUUUGGCAAAAAUCAAACCUUUUGAUUACUGAACGUAAUUUUGUUUCUUCAGAUGACAGCAUGGAUCUCACAAAAUGCCACACAGUAGCUAUCGAUGGGAAAAGUAUGGAGAGCUCAUGUGCUCCUACAUCUACCUCUUUGCCAGCCACAGUGGAAUGGCAUAAUGGCAUCUCUGGUUCAACUAGUAGUUCAACUUAUUUCAGUAAGUCAUUACCAAAGCAAAACCAAGACCUUUCAUUGCCUUUUUAUUUGGGAGCUGAAAAAACCGUGACAUUUGAUGAUGAAGAUAUGGAUUUGAACACUACCAAUACAGCUCAUAUUAUGUUUGGAUUGGGCCCAAAUACUUCUAUCCGCAGAAAAUCUAUACCUGUUGUGCCAACUAGCCAUCUCUUUAUUAUGAAUGAUAAGACAGUUGUCUCAAACCAAGAUAUGGACCUCACGCAGUGUGUAACUACUGUGCUUGACACUGACUCUUGCUAUGGAUUGCAAGGUUCAAAUGAAGCUUGUAGCAGCUCCAGUUCAGAACCAAAAAAGUCUUUGAUUGUGAGUAAGUCCAGUGUCUUGCCUAAACCAACCAAUUCAUCUGACCAGCAUAAGUCAUCUCACUUUAAAGAAGAUCAAUAUACUAAUGACAUAAUCUCCUCAGAUGGCAGUUCUAAAAGUAUGCUAUCUGCUGUAGCUGAUAAAACUCUCUUGUUCUCAUGCAACCAGGAUGAUAUGGAGAUUACAAAAUCACACACUGUUGCUAUAGAUAAGUUUUUGCAAGAGCAUAACUCUACUAAAAUACCAGAAAAUGUUCCUAAGGAUAAAACAGUGAAACCUGGAGGUUUAAGGUUAUCUUCAUUUUCCAAACAUAUUUUAUUUCCAGAGGCCAGUCAUGAUGUGGAACUUACUAAACGCCACCCUGCUGAUGAAAAGCUCGGGCAAAAAGAAAAGGAACUUUGCCAGCCAUCCUCAGAUCACCAGCAAAAUGCACCUAUUUUCAGUAAAAAUGAAACAGUGGAAGAUAUGUUGAUGGGUGGCAUGAACACAAACUUUAAAAGCAUAGUUGGUACAUUUCCUUCUGUUCACAAUAAGACCAUACUAGCCAUGGAAAAUAUGGACAUCACAGAGAUUAGUAAAAGUGCUUUCAAGGACACAUUUCUAGGGGGCAAAUUUCCAGUUGAUGAGGUGAAAACUAGUAUUGCUGCUCGAGAUAAGACCAUUUUGUUUUCAUGUGAACAGGAGGAUAUGGAUAUGACAAGGUCACAUACAGUUACUAUUGAAAGGAAAGACUUGUGCAAAGGUUCUAAACAUGACCUAAAUUUGCAUAUGACCAACAAUGUUUCUACAUUUUCUUCUGAACUAGACUUUACAAAGUCACAUGGUGCUAUCGAGAACAAAGUCUCGGUGGCUGAUGAAUGUUCAAAGCUGGUUAGUAAUAGGAAAAGCACAGGCAAGGCUAUGAUUUCAGAUUGUGUGCAAAACACUGGACUAUAUUUACAGUCGGUAAAUAGGAAUGUUCCCCUAUCAAGAUUUUCUGAAGAACAGACUGCGUUUUCACCCAGUAAGGACUACAUGGAUUUUACACAGUCCUGCACAGUAGCUAUUGAAAAUAAUUUGCCUGAAGGACUUAAAACUGCUAAAACUACUUCACAAGAAUUUGAUUUUUAUCAGUCAAAAUCCACUGCAUCAGACAAGACUGUUGAAGAUGACAUGGAACUUACCAAAAGCCACACUAUGGUUAUUAGUGCAAAAUGUGCAGAUGAGCUUCACAGCCAAUUCGCAGCGUUCAAAAGUAAUACUGAUGCUGGUUUUGGAGAGGAUGAUAUGGACAUCACCAAGUCAAAUACAGUAUUUAUCAAUGAAAUUCCUGAUAUUUCCAAGGGGCUAGCAAAACCUUAUUUUCUAAAACGGGAAAGUGUAGCUGGGCCAAAGAGCUCAUUCCUUGCUAAUGAAAAGACCAUACACAUAGAGGGUGACAUGGAAAUGACUACUGGCAACAUUGGACUGUUACUACAUGAUGCAGUUGUACCAACAAGAGUAAAUAAGGCAGAGGUAGAUAAAACUGUGGUAUUUUUAUGUGAGCAAGAUAACAUGGAUUUAACCUUGUCACAUACUGUAGCAAUUGAAAGCAAAGGCCUCUGUGAACUUAAUUCAGAUGUGAGAAAUAAAUCUGGCCAUUUUUCUAAGCAAAACCCAUUGCCUCUGAAUAAAACGGUCCACAUGGUGGAAGAUGAUAUGGAACUGACCAGAAGCCACACUAUGGUCAUUAAUGAACAACCAGAUGGGCUCUACAACCAGUCAAAUCCUGCAAAUAAAAGUAAUUAUGAUGACAUGGGCAUUACAAAGUCAGAUACAGUGUUUAUCAAUGAAACUAAAACGAGUAAAGAGCAAGUAGACCCUUCUCUUUUGAAAAAAAUAAAUGCUAAUAAAAAUUCUGAAUUAAGAAGAUCUUACUUUUCUGAUAAGUCAAUCCAUUUAGUGGGUGAUAUGGAAAUGACAGAUGCAAAUGCUGGACUGCUUAUUAAUGACACACAAGUCCCAGUACAAAGAAAAUCCAUAGGGCUCCCUUAUGAUAAGACUCUGGUGUUUUCUUGUGAGACAGAACACAUGGACUUAACCAUGUCACAUACUGUAGCCAUUGAAAGCAAAGGCAUUUAUGAGGCAGCAGAAGCGCUCAAUCCAAAUGGGAAAAGUAAAUCUGACAAUUGCUCCGAACUCCCCUCCGUAUCUAUGAAUAAAAAUACUGUCCUAUUAGAAGAUGACAUGGAACUUACAAAAAGCCUGACAAUGGUCAUUAAAAAGAGUGACCCAUCAAAUUAUACUCUCAAAAGCAAUUAUGGUCCUGGUUUUGAACAAGAUGACAUGGACAUUACAAGGUCAGCUACUGUAUUUAUUGAUAAUAUGCCUGUAAAUCAACAAUCAAAAGGGCAGAUAAAUCUUUUUGUGAAAAGACAGAGUGUUGGUUUAAAGGGAUCUAACUUUGUUUAUGAUCGAACUGUGCAUUUGGAUGGUAACAUGGAGUUGACAAAUGCUGGUACUGGACUGUUAAUCAGUGAAACGAAUGUACCAACUGCAAAAAACACCUUGGAAGCAUGCAAUGAUAAGACAAUGGUGUUUUCAAACGAGCAAGAUAACAUGGACUUAACAGUGUCAAAUACUGUGGCAAUUGAAAAUAAAGACUUUUGUGAAGGUACCAAAACUCCUAACAUAAGAAUAUCUGAAAAUCACGCGAGGUACCCAUCAGUGCCUGUAAAUAAAACUUGUACUAUGUUUGCAGAAGAUAUGGAAAUGACAAAAAGCCACUCAAUGGUUAUUGAACAGAAAACCGCAUUGCUAGAUGUGCAUAAUCAAUGUGCUGUCAAACAAAGCUUUGUCAAUCUAGUAUCUGAAGCAGAUGCCAUGGAUAUUACAAAGUCAAAUACAGUUUUUAUUGACAAUCACUUGGAUGGCUUUGGUAAAACUCCACUCAACUCAAGGAAACAAGAUUUCUCUAAUGAGCAUUUACAUGGUGACAUGAAGGCAAGAAUGAAUGGGAAAACCGGAAGGUUGUCUAGUGCUAAUGUUAUGUCCCACAUUGCUGCAGCUGAAAAUAAGGAAAUGGGUAAUUCAGACUUGCACACAGACCGACUUCAAAAUUAUGUUGAUACCUGUUCCGCUCCUGCAUGUAAAACUAUCGUUUUUUCUAGAGUAGAAGAUGACAUGGAUCUUACUAAAAGCCACACCAUGGUUAUUGAUGAGAGAAACAUUUUAAAAGGAGAAAAUCAGUCUUCCAGACAACAAGGUCAAAUAUUUACAGCAAAUAGUGACAAAACUGUUGCUUUUUCUAGUGAUGACAUGGACUUUACACUGUCUCACUCUGCAAGACUAGAAAAAGGCAUAUUUGAGUUAGCCCAGCAGGAGGAAAUGAUUAAUAUCCUUUCUAAGACCCAAAAGGGCAACAUUUUAGAGUUACAGAGGCCCUUUCUUAACAAGCAUGCAACUGUUAAUUUUCCCAUGCAUGAAGGUGAUGUGGAACUAGCAAAAUGCCAUGCCGUGGAUGUUGAAGUGGACAAACAAACCCCUUCUACUGCUUUAAUUAAACAAGAUAUGGAAACCGAAACCAGUAAGGCAAGUAGCAUGAAGUCCCUUGAAAAAGGUGUAAUGUCUGAUGCCAACAUGAAUUUGGGCAACAUAACAUCAUGUGCAUUGACCAAAUACAGUGUAGGGGAAGAUAAAACCGCAAUAUCUGUGUGUAACCUCAGUGAGAUGGAUAUGACUACAUCUCACACAGUUGCAAUCGAGAACAAAAUGGAAGAUCUACAAAACCCAGUGAUAUCCUCCAGCAGCCAGAAAGUUGUUGUUCCAGGUAUGGGUGAAAAAAACUCAAAUGGAAUGGUUUUCUGUGCAGCUGCAUAUACCUCUACUCACAUGGAUCAGUGUACUUUAGAUGGGAAAAAUAAACAGCAGAAUAAUCAAGUUGUUGCUGGAAAUCAGUCAGACUUCGGUUGUGACACUAAUAUAUAUGGUGGUGUCUCUUCUUUGAAACCAGCAGACCAUAUUACACAUGCAUGUGGAAAUAACGAAGGUCCUGUUUCGAAAGACGAAACCGGCAUCCCAUACAAAGAUACAGUAGACGAUAAAACCAUGAAAAAAGCAAGGCCAAAAUCAAAGAGGGUAUCUUUCAUGCUACCAGAACCUCAAGCAGGCUCUUGUGUUCCCAAGGCUAGUGUUUUAGAGGAUGCAAAUAAACCUGCUGCUGAAAAAAACUUAGAUGAGUGUAACCUGAAGCAAAGUUCUCUGGGCAAUAAUGCUGAGCAAGAAGGUGAGACGGUAAAGUCCAUGGCAGCAGAGCAAAAUAUCCGUUCAAGGGAUGAAGACAAUUUGGAACAGGAAGACCAUGACACUUUAUCAAUCGAAAGACCAGUGCUCAAGUCCAGUAACUUAGUGGAGUACUCAGAAGCAGAUAAAAUGAGACGUAGAAGCAUUGCCGAUAUUCAGUCAAAGAUAAAAAGUUUAACCAAGAGCUCUAAAUCCUUUCCAGAUUCUCAGACUGCUCCAGUCUCUCACCUUGUAGGACAUCUCUCCCUUUCAUCACAGGCACCUACUGAAAGUUCAGCCAAUAAAACUGAACAGGCAGGUACAGAAUUAUCCGACAAACUGUCCAUUGAUGCGAAACCAAACCUGUAUCCUAAAGGUGAUGAUGUUGCCUCUUAUGAUAAUGGGGAGACAACUCUGAAAGAAACAAGUUUGCCAAACAAGCUUUCAGUUAAAGUUUUUCAUCCUAAGUUACCCCAAAAACCAAAUCCUAUUAAAUGCAACGUACAAGAGUCCUCUUCUUCCUCUGAAGCACAUGUAAAACCAGAGCGAAGCUCCUUGACUCUACUCAAAGCACUGACCAAUUGCAAUACAUCCCAGUGUAUAGAUGAAGAAUUUCUUCCUCUUAGCCCAGAUGAGAAAGGCCAAGAUGGGAUGUUUCAUUAUGAGGUACCAGAAGGAGCUUGGGAGGAGUUGUUUGAAAAAGAGGCUCUCCAUUGCAGUCUGGAACAGGAUAUAUAUAUAGCUGAAUCUCAAGAUGGCAUAAAUGAGAAAAAGCGGAACCGUGAACCUGAAGAAAACAUUGAGUUUCAAAAGGAGAAGCGUGGCCGAACUGAAGACAUACUGAACAGCGAUAAAUCCAAGCCUUCGGUGACUAUCACUAGCCCUGAUGACUAUCAUAUAAGUGAGUUUUCAUCUCUCCAUUUGACAAAAACCAUAGAGCAGACCAAUUGCAGCAGUAACAGCUCUCAGGACUCCCGAGUAGAUGGAAUGCCCAUGGAGCUGAGCAGUAGCCAGCAGUGCAGUCAGAUGGAGUCACAGUUGCCCUGGGAUACUGGGUGUGAACAAAGCCUUUGGGGGAAAUUCCAAGAUGGUACCAUCACUGUAAAGGAGUUUUUUAUGCUGCUUAGGAUUCGAAUUCUUAUUCAGAAACCACGGUACAGCGAGCUUCCUGCAAAUUACAGAGCAAAAGAAGCUGUAACGGCAGAAGAUCUCCUGUUGGACAAGUACAUAUAUCAACCUAAACUCCAAGUAUAUGAAGAAGAAUGCCAUGCUCUGGGCCAGAUCAUACAGGAACUGAAGACAUUUGCAGAGAUGCAAGAAAAACCAUUGAUGCAAGUAAACAGCCUCCUAUGGGAAGCCAUGAAAAUGUGCUCAGAAGAUGAGGUGAUCUAUUUUGGAGUAAAACUAAAGAGUCUGAAGUCAUCUUAUUCUAAGAAAAGUAAAGUAUUGGCUCAUGAGAGGAAAGUGGCUGUGUACAGCAAGCUGCUUCAUGUAGCCCAGACUCGGUGUGAGCAGCUGCAGUCGAGAAUGGAUGAAGUGGAUAGGUUUCUUGAAGAGACAGAUAAUUGCAUCUCUGAACUGGAAAGGGAAAUGGACAAACUGGAUGAAGACAUCAGAAAUGGGGAGCUGAUAAAUAUGGAUCCUACCGUGAGAGGGCUGCAGACAGAACUAGAAAAACUGCAGACAGAAGAAGCAAAUGGCAUAAGAGGAUGCUUACAACUUGAAGAGAGGAAGGAGAAGGUUUUAACACAACUUGGCUGCCUGCAGGAGGAGGCGAGUAAGCUGGACAAGCAGUUGGAAGAAUUCAACUUUACAGAAUGGGAUUUGGAUAACUGGGCAGAGAAUCAGGCCGUUUUUACUUUCCUCUAUGACUCCAUUGAACUUUGCAUAAAGUUUGAAGAUGUUGUUGAUGGUAAACAUUUUGUUAACAAUCCCUGUCGGCGAUUGUCCAUGGUGACUUUUGAAUCACAGCUGAAUGAGGAAGCAGCCCCUCCAUCGUCUCUUCUGGUACACAGAUUAAUAAUGCAGUUCAUUGAGAAAAAUGGAUGUUUUCAUGAGAAGUAUAAGACACAGCAAGAUCUGCCACGGCUGUUAUUUGACCUGUCUCUGGCCACCAGUAGAUGCCGCUUACUUGGAGAAGAGGUUGAAUAUCUGAUGAAAUGGGGAGCCAAGUAUAAUAUCCUCAAGAUACAAGUUGAGAGCACAGAGGUAAAACUCCUAUUUUCAAGCUCUUUAGCUUAUGCAAAAUUUGAGCUGAUAAUAAAUCUCUCUGAAUCCUAUCCAACACUCCCUCUCACGUUCACAUUUCGGAAUCACAUUGGGAAUAUAGGCCAUAGCAAUAUUUCUGCCGUUCUAUCAAAAGUUCCUGUUGGUCUGUGGUACCUGAAGAGAGCAGUGCGUCAUAUCCAUCAGCAUCUUCUUGUGUAAAUUUAUUUUGUACAAACGGACACUGGACGUACUGCCAUUGUCACAGUGCCCUGGAUGUAGAUGGAAGGAUCAGCUGUUUUUUCUGUGGAGCUGGAAGGAUUCAGAAAGCGAUAAAGCUCAUUUGCACACAUACAACUGAUGUGCCUACUGUGUAUAUAGCUUGGAGUGUAUAUAUUGUUUUAUAUUGUUUGUAAAUCUUGCAAAUAUUUUCAUGUUUUCUAAUUAAAUGUUUUAAGAAAGGUGUGGUCAGCCUAAUCUUAUUAGUUUUACAUGCAUAUUACUCACUAUUUAAAUAUAAGUGUAGUACAUGUAAUGCAACAUAUGGUUAUUUAUUUAUAAAAGGCUUUAUUUUGAGCUUCAAAUUAACUGGUUUUAAACACUGGCAGUGUAAAUAAAGCCCAGUAUUAGCAAUAAACCCAUAACUUUGUAGAGUGCUUCCCUUCCAACAUUUUUUUAAAACAUUAUAAUAAGAUGAAUGUUAUAUACUAAGAAUUUAAAGCCUGCCCAGUUUCUACUGUGUGUGUAUAUUGGCCCUUGUGCCAUUGUGAUGCAGAGGCUGAGUUUGACCUUUCUUUUAAUAUUUUAGUGUUCUUUAAAUUGUUGUUUGGUUAAUGUACAUUGGAGCUUUAAUAAAGCGCUGUCUGUUGUGC